UAAUCAUGCAAGCAAAUAUUACGUAUAGGAACACGUUAUCAGCAGUUUCAUUGGUUUAUGAGAUCAUAUCAUGAUGUUAUGCAAAAUCAAUGAGGUUUCAUUGUCACGUUAUCAAAAGUACUCAUUGCUUUCAAUAAACCUCACAUCAUAUUUAAAAUUUGCAUUUUCUUUAAAGCCUAUUUUGAAACUUUUGAAUCUCCUCCUAGACUUGUAAGAAAAGAGAAAGGGGCUGGGCUGUAACCGACUUUUUUUUUUGGCAAGUUUAAUAAUAAUGGAGAACGUGGCAACCGAACAAACUCAAGUGAUCGAUGAUCAGCCUCUUCAGUUUGAAAAGGGACUUGCAGGUGACAUUGCAAAGUCCAUCAUGACACCGGGGUAUACAGCUAAUGGAGUGAUCCAGCUCAUGUUUUAUACGUUUUACGCACUAUUUGCCACUCUUUUAUUCAUGUUAUUCAUGACAGGCGGUAAUCCUCAUGUGAUUGCGCUUACUUUGAUUGCUGUUUGUCUUUUCGUCACAAUCAAAUGGUUUAUCGCCGAGUUGGAAUACUCGAAACGACAAGACAAGAAGGAAUAGUUAAUAAUUGCUCGGAAAGAAAUUAUUUAUUUGAUAUAAA